GUACUUUCAGCUCGCUCGCUGCUAAAGAGACGAGGGCUCCAAGCCUGACAGACAGCCUGAAUUCACACAGAGGACAAAGGAGAUUCAUGUUCCCUUUUCCUUCCAUGACUUAUGAGGAAGCCAUGAGAGACUACGGAGUUGACAAACCAGACACUAGGUUUGGGAUGAAGCUUGUGGAUGUCACCACAGCAUUCCAGGGAACGCAAAUCAAGUUCAUCAAAGAUGCACUUCUUAAACCAAGUGGCUGCAUUCAGGCCAUUUGCAUCCCAGAAGGAAUGAAACACCUGAAGGGCAAAGACUUGGAGUUUCUCAAACAAGCAGCCAAGACACAGUAUGGUCAGGAGGUGAGUGUGGCUCCAGUAAGGGCAGAUGGUUCACUGAAAUCCCCUCUCAGCCGGCUGCUUUCGGACAGGGCCAAACAACAGCUGCUCCAGAUGGCCCAGGCCAAUGCAGGAGAUCUGAUCUUCAUCACAGCCGGACCCCGAGAGAACGUGCGCCCUCUGUUGGGGAAGCUGAGACUGCAGUGCGCGGAGCUGCUUGAGAGCUACGGUGUGCCUGUUCGUGACCCAUCUGUCUUUCACUUCUUGUGGGUGGUGGACUUUCCCCUCUUCUUACCCAAAGAGGAUAAUCCAGAGAUGCUUGAGGCUGCUCACCAUCCCUUCACUGCUCCAGUCCCAGAGGAUGCUCAUCUGCUGUACACUCAACCCCGCAAGGUGCGUGGCCAGCAUUACGACUUGGUUCUGAAUGGCUGCGAGGUCGGAGGAGGUUCGAUUCGCAUCCACAAUGCCUCUCAGCAGCUGUACGUCCUGGACACAAUUCUCAAGGAGGACACAUCACUCCUUUCCCAUUUAUUGGAGGCUCUGGACUCCGGGGCCCCUCCGCAUGGUGGAAUUGCAUUGGGGCUGGACCGACUGGUGUCCAUCAUUGUAGGAGCUCCCAGUAUCAGAGAUGUCAUAGCCUUUCCAAAAUCCUUCAGAGGUCACGACCUCAUGAGUCGUGCUCCAGACUUCGUCUCUGAAGAAGACCUGAAGCCGUACCAUAUUUCUGUAGUCUGGCCGAACACAGAUAUAGAGGGUCACCAGCACAACUCAGUGUAAACUCUAAAAUGUUUGUUAAUAUGCGUAUGAUGUUACGUUUGCCCGAGGAUGCAAGAUGAUUCGCAAUUUCCAUCGGCACCAUGCGGUCGCCAUCUGUGUCCAUGCCUUGUGAUGGACUUCAGAGCAGAAGCAGCAGGAUCACUUCCUGUCCUGGGAGAAUUGAGCACUAUCUUCUGAGCGAAGGUGACACGUGUGUCCCCCUCAUCACAAAACACUUUCUUCUGCUGCUUCAACAGAUCAGUCAUGUACUUUCUCAACAUAUGCAUGAUCUGUAAUUAGUGUUUUCAACUGUAACAUUCGAGUGAAAAACUGGAUUGUGAGCAUAAUUGAAUAUUCCAACAGGGGGCAGAAUUGUUCCGUUGCAACUGUUAACAUUGCCCCCCCCCACCCCCAUGCCCUGCUGUGAAAUCAGCAUGCACCAUAUCCUACAUUUUUCUCCACCACCAGACAUACCAAAUAAAGCUACAUUUCAGUUUUUCUCAGCGAUGCCUUAUCUGCAAAAGCAGAUGCUCGUUUUUCAUGCCCAGGUACAGCUUCUCAUUACAGCCAGUGUUGUUUUAAAGCAGACCUGUGAGUUGGCCGCCAAGCUGGGAACAUAGUUUUGUGUAAGACAUGCUGUUUUUGCUGUUCUUCCAAUGACUUUUCCUUAAGUAUCCACUUAUUGCCUAUUUACAUGACUAUGUUUACUUGGAAGUACCUGCCUGCAUUCGGUUGAUAUUUCCAUUUGUGCACUAGUAACCUCGGCUGUGAUAUAGAGCUCUUUAUUAAUAGUAUAUACAUGCAAUCCACAAAUACAUUGUAAAAGUCUGGGCUUCUAUCAUGAAGUCUUCUUAAAAAGGGAUGGUUCACCCAAACCUAAAAAAUUCUGUUCCAGACCAGCUUGAUUUUCUUUCUUAUUUGGAACACAAAAGAAGAUAUUUUCAAAAACAUCUCCAUGCCUUUUUUUUAUGUCCAUAGUGUUUUUCACUCUUCAAAAUAAUCUUCUUUUGUGUUCUCCAGAAAAAAAAAAAUGAAAUGUAUACAGUCCAAAAAUACACACCUGGAGAAGCACAAAAAAAAAUAUUUUCUCAGUUUCACAGGGCUGCAAUCGUUGGCAGUUAAAUGUGUGCUUCUCCGACUAUGUCAGCGUCUAUUUCAUGCAAACUGUGCAUUAGCUACAACGGUUAAAUACUUAAAUACAACAGUGUGAACUCACUGUGCCUAAAUACGAUGCUAGGGACAAAAAUUUGUUCGGCUUAAAUAACAUUUUGCAAAUAAUAUGUGAUUGUAAUAUAAUAAUACUAAUACAGCUGUAGCAUUUUUGGGGGGUUCAGUUAACUGACAGCAUAUUUCUAUAUUCAACACACUGCAGCUACUCAAGCCGUUUUAUUUUGCAGUCUGAAAUAAAAUGAUAAA